AUGUCUGAAGACAGUGAAACUAGCAGAACUAGCGGAACUAACGGUGGAAGUGAAACUGAAAUACUCGAAAGAAAUGAAGCCAUUCAUAUGGAUCCUCCAAGCUCUAACAGCCCUAGCAGCUCUAGCAUUUAUAGCAAUAAUUCUUUUAAUGAUGACAAUGGUGGAGGAAUUUUGGAUGCUUUCAGUGGAAUGACAUUGAACUUAAAUCUAAUGAUCGGCAGUGGUAUUUAUGCAACUCCCGGUCAAAUUAUGAAUUUGACGCGGAGUGGGGGAAUGACUCUAGUCCUCUAUAUCUUGGGCUUUUUUUACGUUAUGCUUGGAAGUUUUAUUUAUGUAGAACUCGGAAGUUCUAUAACGGAGGCAGGUGGGGAGCAAAUUUAUUUUGAAAAGGCGUUUCCUAAUCCCGAAAAAAUGGUGGCGUAUAUUUUUAGUAUAAUCUCAAUUGCUCUCGCAAAACCAGUUGGUAUUAUUUCCAUCAGUAUAGCAGCAUCCCAAUAUAUAUAUUACGCAAUUAAUAAUAAUGGUUAUGAUAAGUCUGCCUUAGAAGAUAUACAUAAUCUUGAAUUUUGGAAAUACCGUUUUAUAGCAUUUGGCAUUAUAUCAAUUGUUACUGUUUAUCAUCUAUUCAGUAACAGAGUUGCUGUAUGGAUAAAUCAGAUAUUAGCUGUCAUCAAAGUAUCAACGUUGUUGAUCGUGGUGAUUAUUGGAUUUACCAGAAUAAAAAACCACCCAGAAAGAUUAUCGUCUAACUAUCUUUUUGGUAACGCGCGUGGAAUAGAAUAUUAUAAUAAUUAUGCCAGUUCAAUGUUAAAGUUAAGAAUUUCAAGUCCUGCUAGUGUCCUCAUAGUUGGCAUUCUUUUAACGGUGCCUACGAAUUUUGAGGAUUACUACGAUCCUGUAAUUAUGAGUGCAAAAUUAGGAGAUGAAAUUGGUUCAGCAGUUGCAAUAUCAAUCUUAAUUACAAUUUCUUGUUUUGGUGCAGUAGGUUCUGGUAUAUGGGGUAAUUCAAGGCUCAUAGCUUCUGUGGCUAAAGCUGGAUUUAUCCCUUCAGUUUUAAAAAGAUUUGAUGAAAGAUGGUUUACUCCAUUCAAUGCUUUAAUCUUUCAAUGGUGUUAUUUAACCAUUAUAAUUUUCCUUCCACUGAACAAACCCUACGAUGUGCUUGUAAACACAGCACAAAAUACUAACAUUAUUGUUUAUUUUAUAUGUGCAAUAGGACUAUUAGUUUUACGUAAAACUGAACCAAAACGACAUCGUCCAUUCAAGAUCAAUUUAGCAUGGUAUUUGGUAAAUGGAAUUUUUGGUCAUAAUCCAUUAAAGCAAAAUCACAUUCAUGCAGCAUAUGAUCCACAGAGAAAGAUUUCUCAGUUUUUCGGUAGUUGCGUAGCGAUAAGUUCAGACAGUCAAAAAAUAUUACUUUUAGUCCAGUUAUAUAAUAUUGAUGAUUCAAGUUCAAGUAACAUUUCUGCACAAGGAUCCGUAGUUAAUGAUGAACGCCUUUGUUGGUCUAUAGCAAUUUCUAAUUGUGUAGAUGGUGAUCGAAAUAAACGUUUUAUUGCAUUGUCUUGUUUUGAUGAAGGAGGAUUCCGUUAUGGUUAUGAAUCUGGUGAUAAAGUUAAUGACCAAUAUGGUGAUGACAAAAAUUACACUAAAUCUGGCGAUAAAAAUGACUUAGAAUCUGGCAAAAAAAAACUUUCAAUUCGUGUUUCACGUAAUAAUUGGCAAAAUUCAUUAGAACUCUUACACACAAGUAUUAUUAAAAAUCAUUUUAUGACACAUCCUUUUGAAAAUCGGCAACAAAUUAUUGAAAUGUAUAGUCUAAUUACUGGUGAUCUAGAGAUGUUAUUUAAACGUCAUGAAUCUUUGGUAGCUCCCAACGUAUUUCAUGGUUCUCCAAUCUUUGCCAUCUCUCAAAGUGAAAAGAUUUUAGAAUUUUGUCGAGGAACUACCAGCAUUACAUUAUACUUUAUAGAAAAUGGUUUAGAAAUUACUACCAAACAAUUAGAAAGUCAAAGAGGAAUUUAUAAGAUUAUUGCUAUAAAUUUUAUUGAUGAUGAUCUAUGGGAUUUAUUUACCACAUUCGAAAAUUCCAUACGUCAAAUUGAUUAUUCCGAAACUUCGAAACCUCUAAAAAUGGAUCUCUCACAUAGAUUAAUGAAUUUUCAUGGAAAUAUGUUUGCGGUUAUAGAUGAUGAUAUUUUUUCAGUGUUAGAUCUUAUCGAAAUACCAAAAAAUCAAAUAAUUAUAAAUAAUUGUCCAAACGAAAAUUAUUUUCGAAUAUCAAUUUACUUGGAUUCUGUUGAAGGAACUCAACUUAUUAUAUCACAGAAUACCAUACAUUUAUGGAAAUAUCGUAGUAAUAAUAUUAUAGAAAAACGAGAUAAACGUCGUGAUCGAGUAUUAGAAUACGUCUGA